CUGGCAGCUCCUGCGGUGGCAUCCAGCUUUCCUCCAGCUCCAGCCAUGGAUCAGUGCUGGUACCACGGCAACAUCACUCGCUCCAGAGCUGAAGACCUGCUCUCCAAAGUAGGCAAGGAUGGCAGCUUCCUCGUGCGGGCCAGCGAGUCCAUUGCUUCAGCGUAUGCACUCUGCGUGCUGUUCCGGAACUGUGUUUACACCUACCGAAUUCUGCCUGAUAAAGAAAAUAAGCUAAUUACCUCUGUUCUCUUUCAGGCAUCAGAAGGUGUUCCUGUGAAGUAUUUUGAGAACUUGGAGGAACUGAUAGAAUUUUUAAAGAAGGAGAAUAUGGGUCUGGUAUGGCACCUCAAUAUCAGCCACGAAGCAGAGGAGACUGCUGAUGAACCAGAGGAGGAUGCUGACCCUCACACCUCCUCUCCUGCCCCACGCAACAUCCUCAUGGCAUUGCCAAGCAGUGAAACAAAGGAGGCACCUCCUCUCCCUGAAACCUCCAGGGUGGCAGACGUUACAUUGUCCCUUUCUGAGACACUCCUCCAGCGACUGCAGCACCAGGACACGAGCAGUGUUUCCGAUGAGCAUCUUAAACUCAUCCAGGAUUACCUACGAGUUCACAUCAUCAGUGACUUUGAGAUGGUGCAGACAGACUCAAGCAAUCUUCCUCAACUGAAGAAACUACUAACACUUCUUUGCAAAGGACUCUUCAGUGAAGCCUCUAGGACACUCCUGUCUCUCGAAUCCAUCCAGAAGGUGUUUGAGCAGCAGCUGCACCCUGGCAUCCAUCAGCGCUCACAGAUGCUUGGUGAAGCCAGUCCAGUCAAUAUCAUACUGAAACUCAAUCAGCUGAUUUCUUUGCUGACUUCCAUUGAAGAAAAGGUGAAAACACUGCUGAUUGAAGGUCCUGACUCAACACACCGACGCUCCCUUAUCCCCCCUGUCACUUUUGAGGUGAAAGCUGAUUCCCUGGGAAUUUUCUCAAAAAUACAUCUCAAGGUUGACGUGGAAAUGGGAAAACUGAUUAUCAAGAGAGCCAAAGAUGGGCCAGAAGACAAGUUUUACACCCACAAGAAAAUCUUGCAGCUUAUCAAGUCCCAGAAGGUCCCCAAUAAACUGGUGAUUGUGCUAGAAACAGAAAAAGAAAAAACGCAGCGGAAGGAAUAUGUUUUUUCUGAUUCCAAGAAGAGAGAAGGGUUCUGCCAGCUUCUGCAGCAAAUGAAGAACAAACACUCGGAGCAACCAGAGCCUGAUAUGAUCACCAUCUUCAUUGGGACCUGGAAUAUGGGUGCUGCACCUCCCCCAAAGAAGAUCUCCUCCUGGUUUCUCUCCAAGGGGCAGGGAAAGACACGUGAUGACACUGCUGACUACAUUCCUCAUGACAUCUAUGUGAUUGGCACCCAGGAGGACCCCCAAGGGGAGAAGGAAUGGCUGGAGACCCUGAGGCAAUCCCUGCAGGAAAUCACCAGUAUCAGCUUCAAAGUGAUAGCAAUCCAUACCCUCUGGAACAUCAGGAUUGUUGUGCUGGCCAAGCCAGAACAUGAGAACCGGAUCAGCCACAUCUGCACAGACAAUGUGAAGACAGGCAUUGCAAACACACUGGGUAAUAAAGGAGCUGUGGGUGUGUCAUUCAUGUUUAAUGGAACCUCCUUUGGGUUUGUUAACAGCCAUUUGACUUCAGGAACUGAAAAGAAACACAGACGCAACCAGAACUACACCAACAUCCUGCGGUUCCUGACUCUGGGAGAUAAGAAACUGAGUCCAUUUAACAUCACCCAUCGCUUCACUCAUCUCUUCUGGCUGGGAGACUUGAACUACCGUGUGGAACAGCCCCCAACGGAAGCAGAGAAUAUUAUCCAGAAGAUCAGGCAGCAGCAAUAUCCGGAGCUGCUGGCUUUCGACCAGCUUCUCAUCGAGAGAAGGGACCACAAGGUGUUUCUGCAGUUUGAGGAAGAAGAGAUUACUUUUGCCCCGACCUACCGCUUUGAAAGAGGUACCCGGGAGAAGUAUGCUUACACCAAGCAAAAAGCUACAGGGAUGAAGUACAAUUUGCCAUCCUGGUGUGAUCGAGUGCUCUGGAAAUCAUACCCCAUGGUGCAUGUUGUGUGUCAGUCCUAUGGCUGCACCACUGAUGUCCUGACGAGUGACCACAGUCCUGUCUUUGCCACCUUUGAAGUAGGAGUCACCUCACAGUUUGUGUCAAAGAAUGACUCCAAGUACAUGGAUUCCCAAGGGGAGAUAGAGUUCCUGCACUGCUAUGCUACUCUGAAGACAAAGUCCCAGACAAAGUUCUACAUCGAGUUCCACUCUAGCUGCUUAGAAAGUUUUGUAAAGAGCCAGGAAGGAGAAAAUGAGGAUGGGAGUGAAGGAGAGCUUGUGGUCAAGUUCAUCAAUGCACUUCCAAAGCUGACUCCAAUUAUUUCAGACCCAGAAUACCUACUUGAUCAACACAUCCUGAUCAGCAUUAAGUCAUCAGACAGUGAUGAGUCUUAUGGGGAAGGCUGCAUUGCCCUGCGAAUAGAAGCAAGAGAAUCCUUGGUUCCUAUCCAUACUGUGCUUACACACCAUGGUGAGAAAACAGGGGUCUUCCAAGGUGAAAUCAAGUUACAGACAUCCCAAGGAAAACAGAGAGAGAAACUGUAUGAUUUUGUCAAGAUUGAACGUGAUGAAAUCAUUGGGCAGAAACCGAAGAACAUCAGCAAUUUAGAGCCUACCAAAGAUGGGGAUCAGACUAACAGAAGGACAAAAUCUACUCAUCUGGUGGCCAGAGAGGCAGCAGCCAUUGCUCGCUAUUGGGGAACUACUUCCUCUUCUCCAGACAACCCAGGAAAGGAGGACAUGUUACGCUCCACUACCACAGACAUCAGCAACCCCAGCUACCUGGGGAUGGCUGCUUUCUCCCAACAACCCUCUGCAACCAGCCAGCUUAAGCAGAUGCCUUCACCUGACCAGCUACCAUCUCACUGGAGCUACGAGCAGCAGCCCAAAGAGACCUCCAUAACAGGGCAGUGUCAGUUGGCCUCCACAUCACCCUCCUUGUCACCUCUGUCUCCAAAAACAUCCCUACAGCCUCCAGCAAACAGAAGCGUUUGUAGUCGGAGUCAAGAGUACCUGCCACCUGAACUUGCAAAAGCCACAACAGAGCCUUUGCUUCAAGAGGAGGGACAGCAGAAGCCAGAGAUGUUUGAGAACCCGCUGUAUGGCUCAAUGGGCUCAAAGGGCAAGAUGGUGUCAAAGAAAGAGCAGGACUAUGCCAAGGCCUCAAGAAGGGAGCAGCUGUCACUGCCUGAUCAGAGCUUUCAUCUCCCAAAGUCCCAGGAGCUGGAGAGCAGCAAGGCCUCUGGCAAACAGCCAUCACCACCUUUCCUGGUGCCCACACAGAGAUUUCGGUCCUAUACCUGCUCCAGCCAGUCUGAAGAGAAGAGCAUGGCUGAAAAGACACAAGGCAAACCCAAGAUGACUCCAGCAUCAGAAAACUCAGCACUGCUCAAAAAGCUAGUCAAGCCCUUGAGGUCUGAAGUCAGCCCAAGCAUCCAGGGACAGCACAAGCCCCCCCUUCCCUCCAAGAGCCGGGCAGUGCUGGACAUGCAGAACCCCAAAGGCCGAGACUAUCGCGACAGUUCAGAGCUGCCACACUCUGGGAAGCAUCGAACAGAAGAAGGACCAUUCAGCAGGACAACCACACCGUGAAAACGACACGGCAGAUGGCAUCCUAGGAGAAUUUCUGAUGGGAAGAAAGAUGGAUAUUACUGCUUUGUUCACACUGAUGUCCUCUGGUCUGGUUCUAAAGGGACUGGGGGUUUUAUUUUUGAGGGUGUAUCCCCCUCUAUGAUUAUCAAAGUUUUCUAUAUGAGAAGUUUAUCCUUUGUUGUUCAGACCAAGAGGAGCCAGGACCAUAAUACCAAAUGCAACUUAGCCUUUUGUAGUGUCACUUUGGUACUCCUGCUAAGAGGCAGAUGCAUGCAUUAGUAAAUGUUUUGAAAAAGAGGAAGGUACGGUUUAAGGACUAGGAGAUGGAAGAGGUGUAUUUAAAGAACCCCCUUUCUACAAAAGCAAAAUUUUUAUUUUGUGUUACAUAAUUCCUUUUAAAGAAUGGGAUGGAAAAGAAGGCAUUUUGAAAGCGGUACAGCUCCAAAAGCAUGCACUACCUGUGGAACAAGGAGUUAAGGGAGGGUGGGCCCCACACAGGGCCAAGUUUGCCUCCAGCAUGAGCUCCCAGGUGGCACACCUGCCCUGUUUCAUGUGGAGUGUGGCUGGCUCCAGGCACUGCAGCUCCUUGUCUUUUUCUGUCAGACAGUGCUGUUGUGCCCCUAACAAGCACAGUGAAACCUUAAACUACAUGCAGAAACAGGAGAAAAGGCAGGGACCAUGGGCAGCCCAGGGGCAUAGCUGCCUGAAGGGAUGGACAGCAGUCAUUCCAGCCUGUCCUACAGCUUUUGAAGGACACUGGCUGGCUGGUUUUGUAGCAUUCUUAACAGACUAAUGCUGACCUUACUGUACACUUUUGUUCAAUGACUGAGAAUGAGUAAUGUUAACACACUUGUAAUUUCUAUUAUAUUCGUGUAAAGUAUUAAUGCUGAAGUUACAAUUAGGUCAUACCUGUUCAUGACUUAAUUGUUGCUGUUGUUGCCACCUUGAUUACUUAAAAAUAAUAAAAUA